UGGAAAUUGAAGACUUGGGAGUUAAUGCUAAUUUUUCCCAAUUUACGCUGUUUGCUGUUGUUUGGAUAUCACGCUUUUGACCGUGAAGAGAAGCCUUCGAGGAUUUUGUUACCUAAGCUUCUUAGAGUGUUGGAUUUGGGAGAUUGGGACUUCGGUGAAUCAUUUCCAAUGGAAGUUUUAUUGCUUGUUCACUUGAGAUACCUGGCGCUCUGUGGAAUAACAUCCGUCCCAUCUGCAAUAGCCAAACUUUCAAGGUUAGAAACUCUGAUUGUAAAACAUCCAGAGAGUAAUAUUGUGCUGCCAAAUACUAUUUGGAACAUUAGGACGUUGAGUUAUCUACGUACUAUAUAUGGGAAAAGAGGUUUUGUUUUUGCAGUUGGAAAUCUUGAAGUAUCCCCUGAUUUAGAUCAUUUGGACACUUUAAACCUUGCAAUUGAUCCCUUGUCUCAAAAUUUGCAAAAGUUACUGACAAAAUUACCAAGCAUCCGCAGGCUAAAAUGUAUGAAAGAUGACGAAUCAAGCGAUUACGAAUCAAGAGAUGAUGAAUCAAGAGAAGCUACCAAAAAUUGUGAUGAGAUUCUUGUGUUUGAUUGUUUGAGUCAACUAGAGUCACUUCAUUUGAUUGGUUUUCAGGAAUAUCGAUUUAAAUUCCCGUUGAAUCUGAAGAAGUUGACUCUCUCAGAGAAUUGUCAGCCAUGGAGUGAAAUUUCAACAAUUGGAAAGUUGCCCAAUCUUGAAGUGCUUAAAUUACAGUAUUCCCCCUUUAUUGGGGAAGAAUGGGUAAUGAAAGAAGGGGAGUUCCCUAACCUCCGUGUCUUGGAAUUGCUAGGGUUGGACAUUCGAAACUGGACUGCAUCUUUUGAUAAUUUUUUCCGUCUUGAGAAAUUGGCUGUGCACCGGUGUAAGAAGCUGGAAGAGGUCCCUUCUUGUUUAGGGGAAUGUCCGACACUUGAAAUGAUUGAGGUGAAAUGGUGCCGCGAGUCUGUUGUAGAUUCUGUAAAGCAAAUUCAGCAAGAACAGAUGGAUAUGGGAAAUAAGGAUCUAAAGACCGUAAUUGAAGAUUGUUAUGAUGAUACACCCAUUCUCUCCAAAGAACAGUCGAAUUCCUCAAAAGCAGAGUCAAUUCCCUCAGAGGCAGAGGAGAUUUCCUCUCACCACACUUGAUCAGGUUUCCUCGGCAGGAGAGCCUUUUUCUUCUCAUCACAGCAGACAAGGGUGAAGACUCAAGCAUUCAUUGUCUCUUCUUGAUUCCUCGUGUCUCUUCUUUAUCUGUACAUACGUCGUAUCAAUUUGAUGACAUAAUAGUUCAUUUGUACUGAAGCAAUUUUUAGAGCUUCCAGAUUAUUUGGUUUGAACUUGAUGCAGCUGUAUUACUUCAUCAAUGCAGGGGCAAGCACAGUCAUGCAUUCUAUCAGUCCAACAGUAUCCAUCAUAAUCUGCUUGUAAAAUGUUCUCGAUGUUCUCUUCUGGUUUGAUGUUUAUUAGUGUUGAUGAACCCAAUUUUUGAAAUCUUCUUCAAUGCUGCUCCGGACUGAAAUGAUCCAUAAAACCUGCAGACAACAAGCAUAUAUGCUAGAUUCACUUUUAUCUUCAUUUCAUGUAUUCCAGUAAUACAAAAGACUUUGACUUGCUUCUUGAAGAA